UUAUGUUCCUGCAUUUUAGUAGUUCAAAUUAACAAUGCACAGGCAUUGUAUUUUAUCAUGAUUUGUAUUAUUAAAAAAUUGAAACAAUACUUGAAUUUGUACGUGUCAUUUAAAUUUAAGGUUAAAUUUGGGCUUAGCAUAGUUUUAAUUAUACCGUUAAUAUUUUACUUGUAUGCAGUUUUACAAUUGAUUGCAGCCUCAAAACAUGACGCAUUGGCAAUACAAUUUGUACAAUGCAAUGCAAGAUCCGAAUCUAAUUGUGUUCCGAGAUAAUUUGAUAGUGAUAAUUCGAGAUAAAUUCCCCAAAUCUGAAUUUCAUUUUCUUGUUUUGCCACAAGGUAGGAUUGAUAAUUUAAAAUCUCUAACUUCUUCUCAUAUUCCACUUAUUCAUCACAUUGAGUUAGUAACGGAGCAAUUUAUCCGAGGUUUUCAUGGAAGAACUUUCUGGUGGGGAUUCCAUGCAAAGCCAACUAUGAUGCAACUACACAUGCACAUCGUCAGUGAUGACUUCAGAGGCACUGGACUAAAAACUGCCAAGCAUUGGAACUCCUUCACUACUGCAUUCUUUGUGCCUCUAUCAAGAUUUUAUCCAGAGUUUUGGCCAGCUCCUGUGCUUCCUGAAGAAUGUAUAUUGGACAAAGGUCAUUGUAAGAUACCAUUUGACCUUUCAUGGGAAU